AUGCGGCUGCCGCUGCUCUUGUCUGCGGGCGUCCUGCUGGUGGCCCUCCUGCCCUGCCCACCAUGCAGGGCCCUCCUAAAUCGUGGGCAGGUCCCAGGAGCCCGGCAAGCAGCGCAAUCCCCCCAGUCCCUGGAUUUCUUCCAGCCCCCGCCGCAGCCAGAGCAGCCCCAGCAGCCGCAGCCUCGGCCAGUUCUGCUCCGCAUGGGAGAGGAAUACUUCCUUCGCCUGGGAAACCUCAACAAGAGCCCGGCUGCUCGGCUCUUGCCCGACUCCUUGUCCCUUGCCGGUGACAGUGGCAGCCGCCCCUUGCGGGACCAGGCAGCCACCAACUUUUUCCGCGUGUUGCUGCAGCAGCUGCAGCUGCCUGGGCGCUCUCUUGACAGCCCCGCGGGUCCGGCGGAGCGCAGCUGGGAGAACGCCCUCACCCGCCACCAGGAGGCACUGGAGAGGGAGCGGCGGUCCGAGGAGCCUCCUAUCUCCCUGGAUCUCACCUUUCACCUUCUCCGGGAAGUCUUGGAAAUGGCCAGGGCCGAGCAGUUAGCGCAGCAAGCUCACAGCAACAGGAAACUGAUGGAGAUUAUUGGGAAAUGA